GCCGGGGCUCCCCUCCGCAUCGCUCCCCAUCGCUACCCUACCUGCCCCCCGGCAAAGCUGGAGCAACCUCUGGGUGCUUCCGAUUUCUCAUUUUGGAACCUGGGAGCCGGAGCCCCGUCCGGGCCCCGGACGUCUCUUCAUUCCUGCGCCCAGCGACUGUGUCCCCAGACCACACUCUGCCACGGACUAUGCUGUGCCCUCGGUGGAAGAGACGGAGUGGCCGGGAGCUGGAGCCCUCGUUCCGGAUCCUGGUCUCGGACGGCGGGAGCCAAGAAGGGGCCGCGCUGCGAGCGCUCAAGAAGAUGGAUCUGAAUGAGGAUGAGGAUGUGCUGGCUAUGCUGAAGGGCUCUCGGUUCUGCAAGAUCAGGUCGCUAAAGUGGCAUAAGGUCCGGUUCUACCGACUGCAGGAAGACUGUAUGACGGUGUGGUUCCAGCGCCGCUUCCGACAUCCUAAGUCUCAUCACAUCUUCUUCUUGCAGCACAUCGAGACCGUGCGCCAGGGCCACCAGUCCGAGGGGCUGCGGCGCUAUGGCGGCGCCUUCCCCUCCAGCUGCUGCCUCACCAUCACGUUCAAGGGCAGGCGAAAGAACCUGGACCUGGCAGCGCCCACCGAGGAGGAGGCACAGCGCUGGGUGCGCGGCCUGGCCAAGCUCCGGGCGCGUCUGGAAGCCAUGAGCCAGAGAGAAAAGCUUGACCAUUGGAUCCAUGGCUACCUACACCAGGCAGAUUCAGACCACGACAGCAAGAUGAGUUUCAAGGAAAUCAAACACCUGCUUCAGAUGGUGAAUGUGACAAUGGAUGACAUGUACGCCCAACAACUAUUCAAGGAGUGUGACAGCUCUCGGAAUGAGCAGCUUGAGGGUGCUGAGAUCGAGGAGUUCCUCCGGCGGCUCCUGAAACGGCCCGAGCUGGAGGAAAUCUUUUACCGCUACUCUGGGGAAGACCGAGUCCUGAGCGCCGCUGAGCUGCUCGAGUUCCUCCAUGACCAAGGAGAGGAGGGAGCCACCAUGGCCCAGGCUCAGCACCUGAUUCAUACCUAUGAGCUUAAUGAGAAAGCUAAACAGCAUGACCUUAUGAUGCUGGAUGGUUUCAUGAUGUACCUCCUGUCACCUGACGGCGCUGUACUGGACCCAGCCCACAAAGAUGUGUACCAAGACAUGAAUCAGCCCCUCUCCCAUUACUUUAUCUCGUCUUCCCACAAUACUUACCUGACCCAGUCCCAAAUUGGUGGUGCCAGCAGCACAGAGGCCUAUAUCAGGGCGUUUGCUCAGGGCUGCAGGUGUGUGGAGCUGGACUGUUGGGAGGGGCCGGAUGGAGAACCUGUCGUUUAUCACGGGCACACGUUCACCUCCAAGAUCCUCUUUCGGGAUGUCAUCCAAGUCGUGCGGGAUCAUGCCUUCUUGCUGUCCCCAUACCCUGUCAUCUUGUCCCUGGAGAAUCACUGUGGGACACAGCAGCAGUCCACCAUGGCUCGCUACCUACGGACUAUCCUGGGGAACAUGCUGGUGACAGAAACUCUGGAUGGGAAAAUCCCCAAGGAGCUGCCCUCUCCAGAGCAGCUGAAGGGCAAGGUUCUGGUGAAGGGCAAGAAAAAAACUGGCCAUCAGAAAGAAGAGGCUCAGUCUGACCUGCCUGACGAGGACAAAGAAAAUGAACUUAAGCUAUUGAAGCCGUCUCAGGUUUUGUUGAAAGGAAAAUCAUCUGGGCAGCAACAGAAGGAAGAGGUUGUGUGUUUCUCAUCAAAUGGGAAGAAGGAAGAUGAAAAGUUGCUGAAAGUCAAAUCUUUCACAAAGAGAAGAAAGUCAUCCACUCAUAAAUUAGAAGAGUCAGUCCUAUCCUAUAUAAAGGAAGAAGAGGAAGGAAAGGAGGAACAAGAUGAGGAAUCUGAGGAGGAGGAGGAGGAGGAGGCAGAGUCUGGAGAGCGCAAUAAACAGACCAAAAAAAGACCCCAUAUCUCCUCCGGGCUCUCAGACCUGGUCAUCUACUGCCGUGCCUCCCAUUUAAAUGCUGUGGACCUGAAUGGGAUCCAACCCCAACCUUGCUGGGUCCCUUCUCUCAAUGAACGCAAAGCCAGGAAAUUCAUCAAGGAAUCUGGAAACAACUUUGUCCGACACAAUACUUGCCAGCUGUGUAGAGUCUACCCCCUGGGGCUCAGGAUGACCUCUGCCAAUUAUAAUCCCCAGGAGAUGUGGAAUGGGGGCUGCCAGCUGGUGGCCUUGAACUUCCAGACUCCUGGGUACGAGAUGGACCUGAAUAAUGGCCGCUUCCUGGUGAAUGGGAAAUGUGGUUAUGUCCUGAAACCUGACUUUCUUCGGCGAAGAGACACAACCUUUGACCCUGAACACCCUGGGCCCCCCCAGACCACCCUCAUUAUCAAGGUGCUAACAGCUCAACAAUUGCCCAAAUUGAACAGAGAGAAGCCAAAUUCUAUUGUGGACCCACUGGUUCGAGUGGAGAUUUAUGGGGUACCCAGGGACUGUGCCCAGAAAGAGACUAACUAUGUGCUCAACAACGGCUUUAAUCCUUACUGGGGGCAAACUCUACAGUUCACCCUUGGGACUCCGGAGCUGGCGUUGGUCCGAUUUGUAGUAGAAGACUAUGAUAUCACCUCUUCCAAUGAUUUUGUGGGCCAGUUCACCCUACCCAUGUACAGCCUAAAGCAAGGGUACCGACACAUCCAUCUGUUCUCGAAGGAUGGGGCUUCUCUGGCUCCAGCCACACUCUUUGUCCAUAUUCAGAUCAAAAACCAGUGAGGACUGAUUCCCUCAUCGCCAGCAUGUGCCCAGAACCUGCCUUCCUGCACUGAACCCAGAGGCAGGGUUUUGAGGAAAGGAACGUUUAGGCCAAGCUCCUAAGCAAGGAGAGUCUGUAAUAUUGCCAUCAUUCCUUCCUGGGCCCAGGAGGGUUGUCCUCCUCCUCUGCAGUUUAGGGUCCCUCUCAGAAGAUCUGGGGACUGCGGAUAUGAGAGGAGAGUGCCUAUGUCCCUGGGGCUCAUCCCAUCAUGAGCCUGUACUCUUUGGGCUUCAGUUAUGGGGCUUGCUAGAUGCCCAGAGUCCUGCUGUGCUCUGGGAAAUGGUUGGUCUCUCUUCGAGGUGGUGCUCUUCUGAUCUGGCUGGCUAUAUUGCUGUCUCUACCGACCCCUGGGGCUAAAGCCCUGGUCUCCUCUUCACUCCCACAGUGCCAGGAUCUUUGACAGUCUUAGAGCAUCAAUGCCCACUCUGACCCCACUGGCUCUCCUGCCCUUCACCCUUCUUUGGAAUGGAUCCACUCUCCCUUACGGAAAGUAGAGAACAGGAGACAGGGGAGACCCUGAAGCAGUUUUUUUGUUUUCCUGGGGAUUCCUCAGGGGCAAAUAGUAUUACAGAACAAUCUUAUAAAGAAUAAAGAGUUUAUUUUAACAUUUUCA